AUGGACGCCCCGAGCCCUCUCCCCACCCUGAUCCGCAAGAAGCGGGACGGGGAGCGCCUGGAGGACGCCGAGAUCCGGAGCUUCGUGCGCGGCGUCACCGAGGGCACCGCGCAGCAGGGACAGAUCGGGGCCAUGCUGAUGGCCAUCCGGCUGCGGGGCAUGGACGCGGGUGAGACGCUGGCCCUGACCCGGGCCAUGGGCAGCUCUGGCCGGACGCUGGCCUGGCCGCCCGCCUGGCACGGGCUGCUGGUGGACAAGCACUCGACCGGUGGCGUUGGGGACAAGGUCAGCCUGGCCCUGGCCCCCGCGCUGGCCGCCUGCGGCUGCAAGGUGCCCAUGAUCAGCGGGCGCGGGCUGGGCCACACCGGGGGCACCCUGGACAAGCUGGAGGCCAUUCCCGGAUUCCGGGUGUCCCAGAGCCCCGAGGAGAUGCAGCACAUCCUGGCGCGGGUGGGCUGCUGCAUCGUGGGGCAGAGCGCGGAGCUGGUGCCCGCCGACCGGGUGCUCUACGGGCUGCGCGACGUCACGGCCACGGUGGACAGCCUGCCCCUCAUCACCGCCUCCAUCCUCAGCAAGAAGGCGGCGGAGCGGCUCUCGGCGCUGGUGCUCGAUGUCAAGUUCGGCGAGGCGGCGCUGUACCGCACCCAGGAGAGCGCGCGGGAGCUGGCGCGGAGCCUGGUGAGCGUCUGCACCCACCUGGGCAUCCGCACGGCGGCGCUGCUGAGCCGCAUGGAGCAGCCGCUGGGCCGCGCCGUGGGCAACGCGCUGGAGGUGCUGGAGGCGCUGCAGUGCCUGGAGGGGGGCGGCCCCCCCGACCUGCGACACCUGGUCACGGCCCUGGGCGGGGUGCUGCUGUGGCAGUGCGGGAUGGCCGCGGGGGCCGAGCAGGGCCGUGAGCGCCUGGCCCGGGCUCUGGACGAUGGCUCGGCCCUGGGCACGUUCGAGGCCAUGCUGGGGGCGCAGGGGGUGCCCCCCGACACCGCCCGGGGCCUCUGUGCCGGGACCCCCGCGCAGCGCCGCCAGCUCCUGGGCGCCAAGGUGUGCGAGGAGCUGCCCGCGCCGCAGGAAGGCUGGGUGCAGCAGGUGCGGGCGCUGCCCCUGGCGCGGGUCCUGCACCGCCUGGGCGCGGGCCGCUCGCGGGCCGGGGACCCCGUGAACCCCCGCGUGGGCGCCGAGCUGCUGGUGGGCACCGGGCAGCACCUGCGGGCAGGCGAGCCCUGGCUGCGGGUGCACCAUGAGGGCACCCUGGACCCUGAGGGCCGGCGCGAGCUGCAGGACGCCCUGUGCCUCGGCCCGCAGCCCCCCCGGGACCCGCCGCCGCUGGUGGCCGAGACCAUCGUGCCCUCGGGACCCUGCCCGGGCCGUGCCUGAACUCGCAAUAAACCGCGAUGA